AUGAUUGACGCUACUCACAAUUUGGAAAUAUCUCAACAGCCACGACAACGAGCUUCGUCGUUUAAAAGAAACACGGAACUAUUUUUGGAUGAUUUCCAUGACUUCAGGCCGAGGGCAGCGACUGCCCCAACUCGGAACAAUCUGAGAAAGCCUCAUCUUCAUCACACCCAUCGGCAUCAUGAGGCCUUCGACCCAGGGGAGUUCUACACCGUUCGGCACUUUGAAAUGAGCUCCAAGGGAGUGAUACUAAAGAAAAGUGACUCCAUGCACUCAAGAAGUACGAACAGUGUGGUAUCCUCAGAAGGAGAGGCCAUUCAAUUGUCCCAUUCCUCUCAUGCCUCGAGUUCCUCCCAAGGAAGCAUUGGUGCGGACCAGAACGGGACGGAAGUAGCAAGGAUAUUGGUGCUUGGUACUUCAACUGCUGGGAAGACCGCAUUACUCCAGCAGUUUCAGACUUCGGAAUAUUUGGGUGGAUUUGAUACAAGUACAGGUAAAUGA